UCAAUGCUGAUGGUAUUUCUCGUGGGAAAUUUUCCUUGUGCAUCUCGCUCUUCCUGACCCCCUCGCACCUUUACUUUCCUGCAGUCUGAGCAGGUUCAGCGAACAAUCUCGUGAUCAUGUUACUGGACGAAGAAAGCCUCGAGAUCGCCGCUAAUGGCGGUGCGAUAGACCCCUCAAAAUGGCCCAACCUUGUCGAACCGCUCCUGGAGCGACUACAACAUAACGUCUACAACGUGUUCCCCAUGCCGCGCGUGCCUCCAGCAGCAGCGCAACAACCUCCUCUCCCUUCCGCAGCGACCAUCCUAGCACAGAAUCCCUCCCCAAGCACCACCACAAGCGACAGCAGCGCCAACAACAGCGCAGAAACGAGCAUUCCACCGAACCUCCAAACCCCGCCUCGACCAACAGCCACCUCCUCAACCACGACGCCUCUAUCCAGCGAACGCAUCCCGGACUCCCAGCCCUUCUCCUCCCAAGCGGCCUCAUCAUCAUCAACCAACUCACCCACCCUCCCGGGACCCCUCGACCAUCUUCUCACUGCAAUCUCCGCCAACAUCCGCACGCUCUUCGCCACCAAGCCCCCUCACACGAUCCAGCGCCUCGCAGAGCUCAUCCUCCGCCCGACAGCGCACUACCGCACCCUCCCGGCCUACCUCCGCGCCGUCGACCGCGUCGUCUCCGUCACCAGUCCCGCGGAUAUCUUCCCCUUCCGGACGAGCACCGGCACACACCAACCCCAACACCACCAGCCGAACGGAACCAUCAACGGCGGCGGCAGCGCCGGCAGCGCCGGCGGGGGUGGAGCCGUCGAGCCGAGCUUCAUGUUUUCUGAUCACGGCCUGGGCAGCGACGAGUCGCUCGGCGGGGCUCUUCUCACCCCAAUCCCGUGGUUGCACAACACCGCGUCCUCACCCGAGGCAGAAGGGGAACAAGAGGCGGCGGCGGGCGGCCACAUUGGUGCUGCCGGUGACGGCGCGAGCGAGACUGGGUUCUCGGCGCAGACAACAGUUGGUCCAACUGGUGGUAUUGAUAGUGGUGGUAGCGGUGCCGGGGGUGACGUUCUCGCGCCGACCGCGACGGGGGAGAAUGAUACGGAGAACGAAGUGAUGGGCGGGAUGGACUCGGUGCCUGCGGAGUCGGCCGUAGAAGAUGUCCCGCAUGCGCGGGGUCCGCCUGUCGUCGGGGUCGAGGAUAUGGGGUUACAGGAUGGCAAAGGGGUAGAAAUGAACUUGGAUGGAGCGAGUGGGGAUGAUGAUGAUGGCCGGCAGCAACAACAGUCGCAGACCCAGGCGCCGGGCCAAGAGUCGUCCGCUGAUCAGCAGGGUGGGCAGCAGCAGGAGCAGCAGGCAGGUCAAGCUGAGGAUCAAGCUCAAGAAGGUGCCUCAAAGCCCGUUACGGACGGCGAUGGAGACAUUGCGUUGGAGGAUGCGAAAGCAGAGGAAGGCCCUGCGACGGCCGAGAAGGAACAACAGCAGAAGCAGGGCUGAGGGUCAUGUAGGCAACUGCAAUAUCCAAAAGAUGGAAUUCUGCAUUGCAGGCGUGUAUAAUUUUACAUCAAC